AUGUCGCGAAGCGAGGAAGUAGACGUGACUGAUCUCCCUGGAGUUGAUACUGAUUUUCACGUUCAUCUGCGACAAGGAGCCCUUUGCGAACUUGUAACACCUCAUGUGCGAACAGGAGGGUUUACUCUGGCAUAUGUCAUGCCAAAUCUCAAACCACCCAUCACCACCACUGAUCAGGCUUUAGCCUACAAAGCUGAGCUGGAAAAGAUAGAUCCGGACGUAGAAUAUCUAAUGACACUCUAUCUCUCGCCCGAUCUUACACCUGAUGAAAUCAGGAAGGCUAAGAAGGCUGGCAUCGUCGGUGUCAAAUCAUACCCCAGAGGCGUCACCACAAAUUCUGAUGGAGGUAUUGAAUCAUACGAGGCUUAUUAUCCUGUCUUCGAGGCCAUGCAGGAAGUCGAUAUGGUUCUUAACCUCCACGGUGAAGUUCCCUCUGAUUCUGCUACAAAUACCUGUGUCUUGAACGCUGAGCCUACUUUCCUCCCGCAUCUAUUCAAGCUACAUGUCCGUUUUCCUGCUCUGCGCAUCGUUCUUGAGCACGCCACUACACGUGCUGCUGUGGAAGCGGUAAAAUCACUGGGUCCAACCGUGGCCUGCACCAUUACCGCUCACCAUCUUGCAAUCACAGUAGAUGAUUGGGCUGGUCAAGCAUGGAACUAUUGCAAACCUGUAGCAAAAUUUCCUGACGACAGAGAGGCCUUACGAGAAGUCGUGCGAGAAGGUCAUCCAAGUUUUUUUUUGGGUUCUGACUCUGCACCACACCCUCCGCACACCAAGUCUACUUCAACACCGAAAGAUCCAUGUGCUGCAGGGGUAUAUACAUCGCCCAUCCUUCUCCCCUUGGUUGCACAGUUGCUAGAAUCAUUUAGCGCAACGGACAAACUGGAGAACUUCGUCAGUGGCUUUGGUCGUCGGUUUUACAAGCGAGACGUAGAUCCAGCUGGUCCAGUCAAGACAGUAAUGCUAAGGAAGGUGGUAGGGCAGAAAAUUGCGGAAGAAUGGAUCCUUGGUGAUCAAAGUGUAGUACCAUUUUGGGCCGGGAAAGAACUUGAGUGGGAGAUUGCUAAAGAAGUUUGAACCUGGAUUUCGUCAGGAGGGGCAGUUGGUGAUACUCGAUUGGUGGGGUUUGGUUUCACGGUGUAGUCGGAACAGCAAUACUGGGCCUCCAGGAAGAAGAGAAGACAAGUUUCAUACUUUAAGUAUGGUCAAUGAUCGAGAAAGGAAAAGGGCAAUUGCAGUCGCAAUGUUCGAGCGGUGUAAAGCUCAGUUUCAUUUGAUAACGUUGAGCUACGCCCCGAGAACAACGUUGCUUCAUAUGUUAGGACACGUCAUGAAUAUAUAGUGCUGUCGCUA